AUGAAAUUCUUCAUAACCUCAUAUGUGACAUGCUGCCUUUUGAUCGGCUCUGUUCUCACAUGGCCGCUUCCAGAAGGUGAAGAAGUGAGCACAACUGGAGAGGCGGACGCAACUACAGAAGCAUCAACAGAUGAAACCAGUGAGGCGGGAACAGAAGACGGUAAUCAAACGGAAUCGACAGGUGAGAACGGCGAUGAUGGGAAAGAAACAGUAACCGAGGGCUCCGGAAAGGACGAUCGCUUGAACACCUACAACAAGGUCAACGAACUGCUCGACAAGGGCACCGAUGUGGACAAAGUAGACAACGGAUUUCUACGCUCCUUCCUGAACAACAACCUGCAGUCGCACCUGAGGGUCCCAAUAAUCGAUGCCGUUGGUUUGGUUGGCGAUUUCGGCAAAAUUGCCGGAUGCUUCACCUCGAUGGGGUCGGAUGUGAAGAAGAUUGUCGACGAGAAGUUGAAGUCCUUUACAUCUUGUAAACAGGGGAAGGAUAGUACGGAUUCCAAAUGUUCGGAAGACAGCGCAACUGGCGGACAUUUCGAUCAGAUUACGUCGAAGAUCAAGGAAUGCGUUUCUACUAAUGGGAAGGGAAAGUGA